UAUUUUCAUCCUGUUCUACUGCAGUCCUUCCUGAAGCCCGCUAACAGCUGAAAAGACAACCCUGGUGUGCAGGAUGAUUUUAUCCAGCACUCGGAUUGUUUCCUGCUGUCAGAUAUCAUUAGAAAGUUUAAGUGCAGUCUAGAUGUUGGAUAAUUGCUAUGAUGAAGUUUGGCCAUCAGUGUAAAAAGCAGGUUGUUAUAGUGAAUGGAAAAUGUCCAUUCUCUGCCUAUUUUAACAGGGCCUGGUCCUUAGCAAAAGAAACAUCAUCACACAACAAGGGGUUCAUUAAUGCAUGUCUUCCUGUUUACUCUUUCUUCUCUGAUGCAGUAGUGCACACUGUUGUAAAACACAGCUUUUCUGUGAAGGAGGGUGAUAGGGACUGAGACAGCCCAACAAUUUCCCUGCCAACCCAAAGGGACAGGUUUCAUAAUUUUUCUCCAUUUACAUCCCUACACUGCUCUCAACUGGAUGAUCCCUGGCUUCGUUCUGGCCCUGGCAGUCAUUGAGCCCUUUGCCAAGCCAGUUCACCUCCCUUAUGGGACAGGCAACUGUUUGCUUUCCCUGCUGUCCUACUCUGUGACCAGACUCCAAAAAUUACACUCCUAAAUGUAAAAAAGAGAGGCUAUCAGUCCCAGAUACAUCUGGGUCACGGACAACUUACUGACAGUAUAUCACCACUAGCAGUCCACUGGUUCACCAGGACAGUUUAGAACUUUAACAAUCUUUAAAACAUCCUGGUUUUUUUCAGAUUAAAGGUAAGAAACAUCAAGCUCUGAAUGCUGCAUAAGUGUAAUUUUGCUCUUCACUAUAUCUAACUAGCUUUGAACAACAACAAAAUUGUGCCAGUGAAUUAGAAGGUGGCCAAGGUGGAUAAACAGCAUGGAUUACUUUGCUUGAAAAUAGGAUUGUUGAUGAAGGAAAGAAAACAACAACCAAAAGCGUAUUGAUUUUGCAAACAUCUCUUCACUUACACGUACACAUUUAACUUGUGAACUUUGGUCUGAAUAGGUAAGAAGCUCUUGACUAUCAGAGAUACUGAUCUGAAUAAGCAGGAUGUGCAUUUUGGGUUCAACACAUCCCCUUGCAGACACCCACCUCAACACAAUCGUGCAUCUUGUUUAGUUUCAUCUGAUACUGUCUACCUUCCUCUCUAUCAGAAUCCACAUGCAGCAGAAUGAGCUUCGGUAAAAUCAAUGGGAAAGUGACACAAAUGAAAAGGCCAGUGUAUUCUUUGAAAUCAUGGAAUGGCUUGGGUUGGAAAGGAUCAUAAAGAUCCUCUACUAACAUCCAACCCUACCUAACCAGAAUUGUAUGGGAAGUGCUGAGUCACAGCCUGAACCACUGAUUGAUCACCUGAGGCAAACACCGAGUCAGCCAUGGAGCACAAGUGAAGGCAAUUCAGCUGUGUGACGAAGAGGUGGAGCCUGGCUGCACCUCUCCUAGACCCCAUUUAAGGGGAAGGUUCUCUUUCUGGAGUGUUCUCUUGGUGCAGCUUUCCUUGGCAAACCUAGAAUCUUCUGGUGCAGAAGAAGAAAAAAGGGGGCAAACAAACAAACCCAGUACUAGAACGUCCCGUUCACAACGCAACAGCCGGAGGACCACCACAUCCCAUGCCUCCACCCAGCCACCCGACCAGGCAGCGUGGGACAGGCACAGACCAGCCCCCACACCCCACCCCACUGCGCAUCCGUAUGGAACGGCGCAGGCGCAGAGCCGCCGCCCCACCCACCCCAAGAUGGCGGCGCCCAGUAUGGGAGGAGGUAGCUGAGGGCGUGCGUGUUGCGGCCGCACCUUCCCGCGCGCAGAAUGGACACGGUAGCACUAAGAAUGCAGUUGGUUUGUCAGAGAGUUGGUGCCUGUUCCUCGUGUUUGAACAAACAAAUGAAUGGCUUCUUGGCACUCGUUAAACGGCAGAGGAAUCUGGUUCCUGUUUGUAUCAGAACUAUUUACAGCGAGACGGGGAGAUGGGAGAAAAGCUAUGGGCAGGAGACAAGGAGAAGAGUGGAAAAUUGGUGGUUCCCAAGAAUAAAGGAGCAGUUCUGCAGAAUUUCGGAAACAGAUAAAUCAAGACCAAAAUUUUAUGUGCUUUCUAUGUUCCCCUAUCCUUCUGGAAAACUUCACAUGGGUCACGUUCGUGUCUACACCAUCAGUGAUACUGUUGCUCGGUAUCAGAAAAUGAGAGGGAUGCAGGUGCUAAAUCCAAUGGGAUGGGACGCAUUUGGUUUACCAGCAGAAAAUGCAGCAAUUGAGCAUGGUCUUCACCCUGCAAGCUGGACACGAAGUAAUAUUCAACACAUGAGGGAACAGUUUGAUGCACUAGGUCUGUCUUUCACUUGGGAAAGGGAAGUAACCACUUGUUUACCAGAAUACUACAAAUGGACACAAUACCUCUUUCUUAAGCUUUUUGAAUCUGGGAUAGUGUAUCAAAAAGAGGCCUUGGUGAAUUGGGAUCCAGUAGAUCAAACCGUUCUAGCUAAUGAACAGGUGGAUGACAAUGGUUGUUCGUGGCGCUCGGGAGCAAAAGUGGAACAGAAGUACCUCAAACAAUGGUUCAUUAAAACUACUGCAUAUGCAAAGGCUAUGUUUGAUGCUUUGUCUGACCUCCCUGAGUGGUAUGGUAUAAAAGAAAUGCAAGCAAAUUGGAUAGGUGACUGUGUUGGAUGCUCUAUUGACUUCUUGCUGAAGGUUAAUGGUGAAGUAUCAGGAGAGAAGCUGGCUGCUUACACCUACACUCCUGAAGCCAUUUAUGGAGCUUCCCAUUUAUAUAUCUUACCAAGUCAUAGACUGCUGCAUGGAAACAGCAGUCUGAAGGAAGUCUUUCAGAGGGAGUUCAUCCCAGGGAAAGACUCACUCACUUCUGUGACAGCUGUGAACUUGCUUACCAAUCAAGAGAUUCCUGUAGUAAUCUCAGCAAAAACAAGUUUUGAGAAUUAUCUUGAUACUAAAAUAGGGAUUCCUAGUACUAGUGCAGAAGAUGCUGCAGUAGCAAAGAAUCUGAGCAUUUCUUUCACUGAGGUCAUUGAAAAACUGCCAAAUGGUUUGGAGAAAGUCAUUAAUUCUGGGCAGUUCACAGGCAUGACUCGAGAAGAUGCUUUAAAAGCUCUUACCCAGCAGGCCAAAAAUAAAGGAAUAGGUGGAGACCUAAUGAGUGACAAAUUAAGGGACUGGUUAAUAUCUCGACAGCGGUACUGGGGAACACCUAUUCCUGUCAUCCACUGCCAAAACUGUGGCACUGUUCCAGUGCCUUAUGAAGACUUACCUGUGGUGCUGCCCAAUGUAACCACUUUUACAGGGAAGGGAGCGUCACCUUUAGAAACUGUUCCAGAAUGGGUGAACUGUGCUUGUCCAAGAUGUAAGGCAGAAGCUAGGAGAGAAACUGAUACCAUGGAUACAUUUGUGGAUUCUGCUUGGUAUUACCUGAGAUACACAGACCCUCACAACACUGACAGGCCCUUUAAUCGUGACUUGGCUGACUACUGGAUGCCUGUGGAUUUGUACAUUGGAGGCAAGGAGCACGCAGUUAUGCACUUAUUCUAUGCUAGGUUUUUCAGCCAUUUUUGCCAUGAUCUAAAGAUGACUAAACACAAGGAGCCUUUCCAUAAGCUUUUGGUUCAAGGUCUUAUCAAGAAUCAGACAUUCAGACUAAGAACAACAGGCCAAUAUUUGAAGAGAGAGGAAGUUGAUCUCACUGGCACUGAACCAGUUCACUUAAAAACUGGUGAGAAAGUCCAAGUCACUUGGGAAAAAAUGAGCAAAUCUAAGCACAAUGGAAUAGAUCCUGAAGAAUUAAUGAAAGAGUAUGGCAUCGACACCAUACGACUUUACAUUCUGUUUGCUGCUCCUCCAGAACAAGAUAUUCUAUGGGAUACUAAAACUGAUGCUAUGCCAGGUGUUCAGAGAUGGCAGAUUCGCCUCUGGACACUUGUAACCAAACUUAUUGAGGCAAGGACUUCGGAAACCAUACCAAAUCCUGAGGUUCUGAGUAAGAAGGAGAAGGCUGAAGCCAAGAGGAUCUGGGAGCAAAAGAAUCUUGUAAUUUCUGAGGUAACAGAGUACUUCACAAAGGAUCAUUUGUUCAAUGCAGCUAUUUCUCGACUGAUGAGCCUUUCUAACGUACUCCAUCAAGCUUCUUGGCCUCUUGUUCUUCACAGUGCAGAAUAUGAAGAUGCUUUGGCUACGCUCUGCAUUAUGGUUGCACCUAUGGCUCCACACAUUGCAUCAGAGAUGUGGAAAGGUUUGGCGCAUAUAGAGAAUAAACUUUGUACUCAUCAUAACUGGGGUGCUGAUGUGCUGCAUCAGUCCUGGCCCAAAGUAGACCCAGAAUACCUUCAACCACCAGAUGUAGUGGAGAUGUCUGUUCUGAUCAAUAACAAAGCCUGCGGCAAAGUUUUUGUGCCUCAGCAAGCAGCCCGCAAUGCUGAAGAAGUCCACGCGAUAGUUCUUCAAAGUGAACUUGGAGCCAAGCAUCUCCAGGGACGAACCAUCAAAAAGGCCUUUCUGUCUCCAAGAACUGCCCUUAUCAACUUCUUAGUGCAAGAGUAAGACUUUGCUGGGCUAUGAAAGAGAACUGGAAUCUUUCAGGAUGAAAGCAAUUCAAAGUGCCAAUGGUGGCUAUUUAAAUCUCAUAUAACAGUGGGGGAAAAAUGUGAACAAAAUUAGGUUGCUGCUGAAUAUUCAUUUCAACAGGAGGAAUGUACAGAAUUAAAGUUUUGUAUCAAGUCAUGGUAAGAUGCUGUUUGUCCAUAUUCUCUGGGUGAAUGAGAAGGAAAUAAUAAGUAAGUAAUUGUAAUAGAAUGUAAGUGUUAUAAAGCACGUGGGGUUUAGGUCAACUAAAUAGGAAUCUAUCCUAUUUGAAAUUUGGCUUGGACAAAUGCAGAGGCAUGAUUCCAGAACUAAACAGCUGCCAUGAGUGUGUGCUACACCAAAUGCUAGGUGUCAGUCCAUCUUUGCUCCACCUAUCUCACAUUUAGAUAACCUACCAUUAAUCAGCACUUUUCAUAACAACAUUUUCUUAUAACUUAGUGUAAAUUAGCACUGGCUAACGGCUUUAUUCAUGAUAAAUAGCCAGAAUGGAGUGAUUUGAUCUAUUUCACAUGCAUUUCAGAGGCAAGCCAAGAAAACAGUCAGAUGAUUUAGCUGAGCCCUGCCUUAGCCAGGAUCCUCCUUACUUGCUGGCAUAUUUUUGUUGGUUCAAACAUGAGAGAGUCAAAUUUCUCAAAGUGCCGACAAUUGUUUCUGCACAGACCAAAUGAAGUGACUUCCCAUUCAUGAGCCAUCCCACAGACUUUGGGGGCAGCUGAGAAAGAGACAAGGCAACUACGUACAGGCAGCUGCUGUGCUUUUUGAUUCCACCCUUAGUUCUUCUAGUGCCUAGAUCGUAAAACUUCAAAUAACAUUUGUUGGUUUGGUUUUUUGUUCAUUUGCUUUAUUUCUGAGGGGUUCUGUAAGUAGAACUAGCAGUCACGUUUCUAAAAAUCAGAUGUCUGUAAAACACAAAGCUUUUUUCAUGCCUCAUUCCAGCCAUAUUAUUUGCGCACUGCAUUACUGUUACAUCCGUGUGGAAAUGCUUACUGUCUUUAGCAAGUGCUUGGAAAAGGUUUUCAAAAGAGACAUUACAGGGUUCACUGUGUGAGCAUGCCUCUUCUUUAACAACUAUUAAAAUCAGCCAUUUAUGAGCCCUUCUAACAGAUAAGACAAGGAGCUAGUCAAAUAGAGAGGUCUGUUAACCCUCCAGUCCAACAGCCAUCCCGUGCGUCAGACUAAACGAAAACCAACAAAGAUCUCCCACUGAACAAUACUGAAGUCUAAUGGAUCCUGAGCAAGAUCAAGAUAGAUUCUUUGAAGUGUCAGCGCUAAGGAAUGCCAGAAAUUAAUUUGGUUUUAUGCAUUUUGGUAGCAAAGAUCUAGCUACGUAAUGGAGAUUUCAGGCUCAGUGAGCAGAAUAGGCGCUACGCUUUCCUAAAUGUGCAACAAAACCUUUCUGACUUCUGCUUCCUUCUGGACCACACUGCUGCACAUUUUCUCUUCAGCAGCCCUUUGACGCAAGAAUGACUAAGAAAUAGAAUAUUUAUAAUGAAGAUACAGUCUUUGCAGUUUUAAGACUCCCUAAAUCUUAGCCACAAAGGAAUGCAUUCAGACAUUUAAACACAGGCCUUUAGUUGGAGUUAAAAUAAUUUGAAUUCCAAUGUCUGCCUGACAUAUAUGUUGUUAUAAAUUGAUAAAACUCCUGUUCAGAAGUCCCUGAAAGCCUGUGAAAGGGAUCUUUUAAAGUAAAAUUUGUAGCCCAAGCACAUUCCUGCCUUUUCCGUAUAAAAGUUUAACGCUCCCUAUGGAACCAUUCAAACAGAUUUUCUUUGGGGAAAGGUGACAUGUUUGGUGUAAAAAAAAAAACCCCACCUUGUAAUAUUUUCAAGGAUGAAGAAAGAUGUUGUAAGCCCAGCAGCCCUAUGAUGCCGUUAAACAAAAGCUGCAGUCACUACAGGGCUGAGCAGCAGACCACAAUGUUUACUGCUGUUAGUACUGGUUAUAUUUGCUCUUGCAGGAGGAAGAAGUGAAUCGUAGAUUUCACUUUGAUCCAGGCAGAAAGAAAAAUGUGGAAUGGACUCUCGACACUAAGGAAGGAAAAGUAACAAACAGCGUUGGCACUAGAAGUGUAUGGUCAGAAGUCACACCAGUGUGUUUACAGUAAGGUGAAAUUCAGUGAGGCCCAGAGGAUACAACAAGGUUUUGAAAAAGGGAAUGUGAGAGAUGAUGUGGAAAGUCUGACAGAGCCUAAUCCCCCAGUGAGUGUGUGUUUGAAGGAUGGCAGAGGUGCCAGCUGCAGAGCUUUGUGGUUGUCCCGACACCUGCUGAAAUUUUUCAUGAUGUUGACCUGAUCUGAAGCACGACUGCCAUUUGUCUUACGAUAAUUGGGACUUACAAGUUUGUUCUGUGCCUAGAUUGGACUGUUACAGGCUGUGAGCUGUUGUUAACCCUCUUCAAAAUAAUUUACACAGAUGCCUGCCAUUUAUUUAACAGUUGUUACUUGUGUUAUGGUACAGAUGUAUCUGCGUGCUGAAGGCAAUGUAAAACAUUGUCACAGAUUGUGCACACCUGAAGAGUUCUGUGGCAAGCAGGAUGGGAGUUUUAAAUCUAAGAGGGGAUGUUUGAGGAGCGAAAAGGGAAGGUGCUGGUGUCAGUCAGUCCAAUUGCACAGUGCUAAUCCCACACGUUAAAAUGGAUAGGGUGCUGCUGUUAUUCCAUGAAGAGAUGAGCCAAAGGAGAUGUGAGAGACUUGCUAAACCCAGUGGGAUGGGCCCAGCACAAACUGCUCCAGGAAAGCCAAGGAACAGGUCCGUUACAUGGAAGAUGUAUUUUCUGCACCGUGUCACUCGCUUCCUACCCCAAAACCAUGAUAGGACAGUGCAGUGUAUUGGAUGACAUCACAGCCCAGAUAAAUGUGCUCUUAAGCAUGAGUGUUGAUAGCUCUCUGUGGUGACUGAGAUGAUAUUUGUGCGCCAGUGCUGCUUUGCAAUGAGGUAGUAGGGCUUUUUCUGUCACAUUAAAGAUCAGUGCUGCAGCUGAAGACACUGUAGGCAGGGUGCCCUACCUGUGCUCCACACAAAAGGUUCUGCAGGGGCAUUGCUGAACAAGCAUUUCUUUUUUCCAUGCCCAUCAACAGAGUCCAAAAACAGAGGUUUGACGGAAAGAAUGAAAUCCAUUAUCUGUCUCUGAUUUACCAGAUUAAAGUAAUGCCUCACAACCAGCAUCUAGCUUUUAUUAAUCUGACUUCGUAAAGCCUGUUCGUUUCUUCUGGGGGCAAAAAUUCUACAGAUAAUGUAGGUCGUGCAGUCUCUCUUCUUUGUCUGCCUUUGGUUGGUGUGAAGCCUCGCAGACUAUUCCUCUGCUCUAAGCUUUUUGCAAUCGACAUGAACGAGAAAGAAUGUUAGCACUUUGCUGGUUGUUCUUUCCUUGGGAAAUCUGCAAUUUAUAGGGCUUUUCUAAAAGCCUUGCUGUAAGCAAGGAAGGGGAGAGAAAUCACAGGCGUUUUUUUCUGUUUUGCAAUACUUCUUACAGUUUAUAAAAGGGUGUUGGCUUAAUAGUUAUAUAUUUACUGAAUUUUAACAGCACACACACUGUUUUGCUGGAUGCUUUUUCUGCUCCACUUUUUUUUUUAGUCUCCCCCUCCCUAUUAUGAUCUGAGCUAAUUUUGUAUCAGAGCACUGCACUGUAAGAGAGAUGCUGGACGUGAAGGCAGAUAUGCCAGCAGAAUCCAAAUGGUGACUGCAUCCAUGACACGAGGAGGAAAGGUGGGAUUUUUUCCCUUUUCCUGAAUGAACUGACCUACUGGUACCAUAAAGCAUUUCACAGUUCACCGAGCUCACCUGUCCCAGGAGGCCCCAGGUCACACAAAGCAUUUUCUUGCAGCUCUUUCCUCAUUCAAGUAAGCACUAGGCAGGGCAAAUUUGUUCUGGGCAAGUGCAGGUCUGGUUUUGGCCCUGGGGAGCUGCUCACCAGCACCAUCUUCCUUAUAAAAUUAGCUCCAGUUCUCUGUGUAGCCAGAAUGUUUCAACAGCUGAAAGCAAACAUUUUCCUGGGAUUAUGAAGUGUUGGUGUCCAAUUCUGAGUAUUUUUGCCUCUGUGUUGCAAAGUUACUGAGAGAAAUCCUGCUGGCUUUCCUUGUAUGUACAAGCCUCUGCGUUGUCCAUGAGAGCUUGCAGACAAGUGAGCUCCUGUAGAUGUUGUCAGCUGAGUGUUGCUCACACCUGUGAGAGAUUUUGAUCACAGGAAUCUCACACCUUGUGAUAUUGAACAUGGGGGUCUUUUCCUUUGGUGCUCAUCUGCCUGCACCAUGCCAAUUUGCACUCCAUUUUAGGCUAUCUAAUCGUUCGCUCAGCAAAGGAAUAUAUAAAUAGAAAAAGCUGGAGUAGAAUCUAUUGAAUAUCCACAUUCUUUAUGCUUGUGCUUGUGAUGCAGCCUGGGACAUUUGGGAUGUAACAGUGCUUUUAAGAGCCUCAUCUUCAAUGAAAAUUCUCAACAGAAUCUAUAUAGUUACACGGACAGAAAUGCAUGCCUUCGUGCUCGCUCCCUUGAAUUGUGCAAGUCUUAAUUUUGCAUGCAUGUGGUGCUAAUCAGAUGCAAACUUGGACCUUCACACCUUGUGUCCUGCUGAAGCUUACCAGAGGCUCUGUAGCUACACCCUCUGGGCUGGGCGCAAGAGAAGAGCCUACAGUCACGCCUAGGGCUCUGAACUUCCUUAUCUGUGAGCAGCUGCUUGCAUGUGCCAGAAGCGAGCAUGAAAGGUCCAAGGUUCUCUCAAGACAUCCACCUUCCGCUGCCAGAAGAAACACAGGCUGCUGAGCAAUGGCAGUUUCUCUCCAGCCACUCAGCGUGGUGCCAGCAGGGUGCUGAAUACAUACAGUUGGAACAGCUGUAGGGGAUCCAAGGCGCACUGCUUUGGAAUAAUAAACACAGGACAAAUAACCAAGGCAGAAAAUAGAGCGAUUUAAUAACAGCAGCAUGACACCACUGGCACUGCUGGCCUGGUUUUGUUCCGGAAGAAAAUUAAGAGAACUGGUGUAACAGGAAAUUAUUUUCUGCUACAAAGGGAAAUCAAUUGUUUUCAAAUACUCGGCAGUAAUAAUUAGCAAAUCUUACUAAUUGCUGCAAAAUAAGAAUACAAGCAUGCAUUGCUAGGCUGGCUGAGCCAAGAAAGUACUGCGAAAAAAUUGUAGAAGCUUUCAGAAGUGAAUAUUUUUCUUAAGUACGUCUCCAUCCCUGGAGAUCCACGUGGCUGGAUGAAAUAGCAAGGGUGCAAUAAAAAGAUGUUCUUCCCAAUUUUCCCAUGUGAAAGAGUAUUCAAAAACAUCUGUUAGUCAGAGGGAUCCUUCUAGGACACGCACAGAAGAGCGGGUGGAUGCACUGGCUGUAUCCACUCAGCCCUGCAAAGCCACACUCAGCUGAUGACUAAUGGCAGGAUGUCGUCGGCGUGUGGUGCUCCUCCAGCCUGGGAUUACUAAAGGCCACGCAUGCAUGUUGAGCAGGUCACCAUGCUGUUUGUGUUAGUGCGCUGAUAAAGAGCAGGGAAAUGGAGCUAGAAAUGUCUCCAGUCGAGUUUUUGUUCCGAUGGAAGGGUAUUUUUAGUAGAGAACAGAAAAAAAACCAAAUUGUCUCACCUUCAUUAAGUAGGUGUAAGGAAGAAGAAAACCAACAAAGCCACCUAUGGUAUGUAGGUAUAACUCUGAAGCCACCAAAAGCAAGCUUUUGGCCUGCUGGGCUGAGGGAAAACAGAGAUGACAUGCACACCCUGUGCUCGUGGUAUCUGCUUUAUCUGCUUCUGCCAGGGCUCCUGAUGGGCUCUCAGUGAUUUCCCAGCACUACUCUAGCUGCUUGAAGCAUUUUUACAGCCCCAGAAAGCUGUCCCUAGGCUGCCACUGGCUCUUCUGUGCCAUUAGUGCUAAUUAAAUGGCUCUUAGUGUAAUUUACUGCAGAGAGCAUGCCCUGUAAACAGGCUGUUGUAGUUUAAAGGAAGCAAAAAAUCAGUUAGGCCCUGUUCUUGCCCUUGUUCUGGGCUCAGGAGGCACACACUCAGGUGGGCCACAGCCUCCUCACCUUCCCCUUGGGCUUGGCUGGGGCAGGGGCAAGGAGCCUGGCAGAGGACAGCUUUGUCCCUGUGGUGUGAUUUCUCCUUUUUCUGCCACAGGCAUUUUCAUCAUCCAGCAGCUGGGCUACAUGUGGCACAGCAGGACACACCUCCAGAGGGUGGCUGCUCAGGCAGGGCACCUCAACAGCCCUAAAUUUUACCUGUCCUGGAGUUUAGCCCUAUGUCUAUGGAGAAGCACUGCUCACCCCACAGCAGCAGCUUGUCAUGAAGGGCCCCGCACCAGGCCAUGGGGUUCCGGGGUUGGCAUGGCCCUUCCUGCCCUGAGCUCCUUGGGGGUUAAAUUUGGAGGGAAGCAAGAGGAGGCAGGCAGGGCAGGCCUCCCAGAGGAAUGCAGAGGCCCCUGGGGCAGCUGUGAGGGGGAACAACAUCUCCAAAAUGAUGCAUUCCAGCAGAGUUUUCAAAAGGUGGAGGCUGAGGUAUGGGCUCUCCAUGCUGACAAAGUUCCUGGCAGCGGCCUUCCUGCCCCACAGUCUUCUGGCCUUAGCUCCCCUGCUGCCACCAGCUCCUUCCACCCCCACCACACAUACCCUGGAGGAGCCUAAGGCUUUCCACGGAAGAAGAAAGAAAAAGAAAAAGAAAAAGAAAAAGAAAAAGAAAAAGAAAAAGAAAAAGAAAAAGAAAAAGAAAAAGAAAAAGAAAAAGAAAAAGAAACCUGUUUUCUCUUUCUCUCUAGAAAAGGGUACACUGCCGUAUUGAAACGCACAGUGCUUCCAUCGCUACCAAGGCUCGAGACAUACUUGCCCAUCAGCCCUCAAUGUUGUCCUUCCACACCUGAUCCAAGGUCAUCCACUGUAGGGAGCCCCAGACCCAGUGCUAGUAAGCCAACAGCCUCAUUCUUUGUGAGGGAUAAAGCUGGCUGCACCACUGCAAGGAGAGGGAAGCAACUCGUCUGCUGCACAGAAAGACUCCACUGGGAUCAGUGCUGUGUUUCAGCCUGAGCCAUUCUCCCAGGGCAUCUUCCCGACAAAUCUGCCUGCCUUCAUGCUGUGUGUUCAGGCAGAGGGUGGCUGUGUUGCAAAGUGGUCAGCAUUGUACAGCACAAGCAAAUACACUGCAAUCCAUAAGCCUAGCCCAUGGGAACUAACGUGGAAUAGAUGAGCACUGGCUUUUCUUCCAGGGACUGUAUUUAUAAUAGUCAAUUCAAGUAAGCACACACAUUUUGGCCUUGUAGCAUGACAUCAGUUGCGAGCCCCUUCAUUCCUAAAUAGGCACGGGCUGCAAAGCUCACAAGAACUAUGACAAAUUGGGCUGGUACCUAAUUGCAGCAUCAGGGUGUGUGAGGCAGUGCAGCAUUACACCUCCAUUCUAAUAGAAAGUUCAAGUUAAUCAUCUGUUCGCUUAGGAGUAUCCCUAGCCUAAAACCCACUGAGAAUAAACAUGAGCACAGAACUUGAGCGGUACCUUGCUGCUUUACACUCACCGAAACCACGGCAUGUCAGAGCCCAAAACAAAUGCCUGUAAGUUGCUUGGCUGUGAUUCCUGUCCGCAGGAGCUCAUAAUCACAGCGCGUGCUCAUGCGUACAGAGUCUGGAGCGAGGCCAAGUGCAGCUUCAUCGUUCAGUGUCUGAACGUCUUCAGCAGGGUUUUGCCUGCUGUCUGUGCAUGCAUUGUUCUUCCCACAGCUGAUUUUAUCCUUUGGCAUAGGAAGGAAAUGUACUUUGCAUGGCUGUGAAGGUCAGGGGUGUCAGUGCGGCAGCUCAGCAAGAAGGCUGCUUCCCCCGAGGUGAGGGCUCCUGCGAGCCCUGCGGUAAAACAUCCCACAGAUGUUAGCUCACAGAUAAAAACAUAGUGGCAAAAAAUGAGUGCACGACCCUUACAAAAGAAAGUCGGAAAAAGUCCUGAUCUGAGCGAAGUCACAGAUUCUUCCUUGCUUUGUUUUUGAAAGCUGAAAAUAGAUACUUCUAUACCAAAGUCGAUACUUGCAUUCCAGAAUACUUCUGUCCCACCAAAGGGUUUGUUUCCUAAAGCUCUCAGGGGCCUCAGCGUGGUCUGCAGGAAGAAAUGGCAGGCAUGAGCAAGGUCUGCACUGUGCUGGGUAGGAGCCUGCCUUCACGAGGCGCACUGCGCAUCCUUGGGUGAGGAGGAGAGAAGUGGUGCGAGGGCAAUGAAUGAUUCCCUUCUCCACAGUGCUUUGCCUGUGAACAUCACAGAUUCCUCCCAGGGAAAAGCAGUGGAGUUUAUGCUGCCAUCCAUCCAUCUACUUGCCAUUGCGUUUUCUUCUUCUCUCAAGCCAAAGAAAUGCGGAUCUGCUGUUCAGUACCAACUCUGCUGCUUAUUGUUUUAACAUUUGAAACAAAAGUGGUAACCACUGAAUCUAAGCCCAAGCAUCUCAGCUCGCUCAGUUUCCAGCAGUGCUCUGAAUGAAGCCAGUGGGCAGGAAGAAGAGGUGUCGAACAUCCAGCUCACCAGCUCAAGGAGCUGGGAAUUUGCAGCUUUGCACCUGGAAAUUCCUGGACUUCACGGAACAACGAGUCCCAUCCGAGUGCUGCUGCCUCUCGUCCUCCUGACCGCAACCACAACCUGAAGAAAUGGCCUUCCCCAGCAAAGCAGUGGGAGAACUCAGGGAGCUCUUUCAGGAGCAGCAGCUUAGAUCUUUGAGGAUACCCUCCAUGGCACACAGUCACUGCAUUAUGUGAGCUUCCUUUCCCAGCUGUCCUGGGGUUGGAGGAACCUGGCCUCACAUCUGUGGCUUUUCAGGUCUCUUCCUCUGAGCUCAAGUACUGACCCAAUCUUCUAGGUUUUGCUUGAGGAUUUCCACAAGCCGAUGCCAAAUAAGGGAAACAAAACCUCACACUGCUCUUUGUUCUUCGUUUCUGCACUGCAAAGAGUGAGGGAAGUUUCCAGUCCUGGGCUGGCUCCGUUGCUCUCAGAGCAGUGCUGUGCCACUGUCUCUCCCUUGCGUGGAGCUCGGUGCAGCCAGCAGUUUCCUUUCCAAGGCAAUCACACACUUAGGCUCAGGCUUUAGUUGAGCUGUGGGCUUAACCUCAUAGCUCCUAGAUUUUGAUGGAGUUCCUUAAGAGUCAGUUACUUUUGUUGUCAGCCACUGGUGGCUCAAGCUGAAACCUGCUCAGCACAGAAUACCUGCUGGGGCUGUCCUGCCCUCAGCUCCUCAUCCCCUGACCCAUCUGACACAGCACAGCACAGCAAUCCCCACACUCAGAGCUGCUUCUGGUCAUAGUCAUCAACAGUUCACAUUUCAGCUGCUGAUUUUUCUGCAAAGGGAACACAAAACAGCCUGGGGAUGUUUCUUCCCUCAGCCUCCCCAUGGAAGAGCAAGGCUCAGAGAGGCCAGAUAGAGGGGCUAGUUUGACAGACGGGAUUGUUUUCCCCUUGUGCCUCAGUGCUAUCCAUCACUUAGAAGCUCAGCAGGCAGUGAAGGCCUCCUGAGUGAUUUACUGCCGCUCCCCGUCCCCCAGCCCUGCUCUGUGCCGCUGCCUGCCUCCACCGAAAUCACUGACCACAGACACACUGAUCAUGAAAACGCCAACCGCCUGGGUUCACUCCCAUGAGUCCAGUGUUUAUCAGCAGCUCAGCUCCGGCUGAGGUGGCUGCACCAGGCGACAUGUGCCUGCCUGGAGGGGCUGCGGCUCACUGGAGGUGGUGUGCCACGUUCGGGCCUGUGAGCUGUCCUUGUUGCUAAGCAGAGUUCUUGCGAGGGAGCUGCUAGAAAAGGAGGGGAUUUUUUGGUUUCUAGCAGUUUGGUCACAGCCUGAUUCACAGUGCAUUCCUUAACAUCUGGGCCCUACCUCCCGAGUGCUUGGGAAGCGUUACAAGUCUGAGCA